CACAACCGCAGCAUCAUCACCAAUCGCAGGAACGACUAUCUUGUGAUGACGUCAACCAGCAGCACAAGCAGCAGCAACUCGACUGCCACCAGCAGGGCCAGGUCCCUUUUGGUCAUUAUCAGGAGCAGCACCCCCAGCAGCAGCAGCAAGGCGCUCCUCCCACCCACCCAUGCCAGCUUCCCUGGCAGCAGCAUCAACUGCUGCUGUCUACACCGCCCCUGCAGCAGGCGUCGCAGGCGGUAGUGGCGGCAGCUCCCGCGCCAAUACCCGUACGCGUAUCACCAGUGUACGACAGCUUCAGUCCUGGGGUGCCCGUACAGCAGCCGCAUGCACACGACCGGGCUUGCAUGGUUUCAUGUCGCCACGAUGACUCCCGGCGGGGGGAUUGCGGCAACAGCGGGAGCGCCUCUUCAGACGUCGCUGUGGCCGGGGUCUCGGAGGCAGCCGUGCCACCCUCUCCAAAUGGAGCCUACGCGUUGGGAAGCGGUAGUAGUAGCGAAGAUGCAGACGCCACCGCUGUCGCUGUUACAGUAGCCACUGUUGCUGCUGCUGGAUCGGGCAAUGUCGGCGCCUGCACGGAAGUCGUAGCAUGCGGUGCAUGCCAAGCCUUGCCCCUUGGUUCGGAAGGGGGCCUAGGGCAUGCUGGCACCUCCAUCCCUUCUCCCAGCCUCAGCCCAGAACCGCCUGAAACAAUCACCCCAGCAACGGGGAACUCCAGUUCUGCUGCAGCUGCUGUUGCCAGGAGCGCUGCCAAUGGGGAACCUAGCGGCGGCAGCGGCGGUGGUGCUGCUGCUGCUGCUGCCGUUGGUGGUGGUGAUACGGUGGUGCCUAGCCGGCGCCGCCUGCCUGCCUCCUUCACAAGCCUCAGCAACAGCAGCGGUCCAAGCAGCAGCACGGGCACGGCAGCGGCUGUCCUGAUGGCGCCAGGGGCGACGACGACGGCGGCUGCAGCAGCAGCUGGGGGUUCAUCAGGCAGCGGGGGCAGGUGCGGUAGCGGAGGUGCGCGGGCGGCGCUGCCGUCCAUUGCGGAGGUGCGGGCAGCCAAGGCGGCGGCAGCAGCAGCGGCAGCAGCUAGCGGGGGCGCACGACGUGUCCAACAAAUGCCAACAUUGCAGUUUGUGGGCAGCAUCCGGUACGCCACCACUGCGGUGGAGGUGGACUGGCUGUGCGGGCAGCUGCUGGCGGCCGGGCCGACCACAGUGGGACUGGACAUGGAGUGGCGUCCGCAGUACGUGGCAGGCUCAGCGGGCAAUCCGACAGCGCUGGUGCAGAUCUGCUACCAGGUGCCUCCGCCACCGGCGCCCGCAGCGGGUGCAGCUGCUGCUUGCGGCCCGGCACUGCAGCUGGACGCAAACAGCGGUCGCCACUGCUGCUGCCUGCUGCUUCACGUGAUCCAUUCGGGCAUCACACCGCGACUGAGGCAGCUACUGGAAGCCGAGGAGCCGCGAAAGGUUGGAGUCAACAUCACCGGGGACGCGCAGAAGCUCCGACGUGACUACGGGGUGGACAUGCGGGGCCUGUUGGAGCUGGAUGCAGUGGCCAAUGAGCGGGUGCUGCAGCAAAUCGAGCACGUUACGGUCAACACCGAGUACCGCUCCCGCUGGUCCCUGGCAGCGCUGGUGGGAAUAGCCUUGCGACGCCACCUGCCCAAGCCCAACAGCAUCCGCUGCGGCAACUGGGAGAAGCGGCCACUGGACGCUGCACAACAGCGGUACGCCGCUCUGGACGCAUACGCCGGCUUGGCAGUGUGGGCGGCACUUAAUCGGUUGCCGUACCGCCUCAAACCACCUCCGGUUGCCGUGGCUGGGGCUGCAGCUGCAGCGCCAGUUCAGCAUCCGACAACACCCGCUGACACGGCUCCGCAAGCAGCAGCAACACCACCGCCAGCACCCAUCUCGACCUCCACUACGCCGACUGGAGCAGACAGGACGGUGGGGGAUGUGGGAGUUGUAAUACGCGCCGAGGCAGCAGCCGGCAGUGCUGCCGCAGGCAACAACAGCGGCAGCGCCUGCAGCGGCGAGGUGAUCCAACCCAACAGUGGUCCAGGGGCUGUCCUGGCUGCUUCUGAUGCGACCGGCAGCGGCCCGGGUGCUGAGGCUGGGUGAAGCAGCCGUUUGUGAAGGCAUGUGCAACUGGGAGCAGUAGGCUGCGUUGGUCGUAAAGAGGAUUGGAAACAGGGGUGUGGGAUGCAGAAGACGCAGGGGCGGAUCAAAAAUUACAUUGUUAUUGACAAGGUCUCGCAGCGUAUGCGCAUAUGUACAGUUAUGGAUAGGUCAAGCAGAUCUGCCAGGGUUCCAAACACCCUGGGGUCGAAUAGGACAGGGUGUUAAUUAACUCGCGCUCACACCGUUAUUCACACGAAAUGCAAUGGCGAUCACGGUACUAUACAUGGUUCGUUAAAUGCAUAUGCUCGCUCAUAUUAUCCGGCGUCAUUAUCAUGGAUCGGCCGUACACAAGCAAAGCGCGCCUCACAAGACACGUGUAAACUAGAC